CCCGGGGGGCGGAGCGGGGCCGGCGCCGCUUCCGCCCCGCGCGGCGCUUCCGGGUCGGCGGGUCCGGCGCUGUCCGGCGGCGUCCGGGGAAGCGGCGGCGGCCGCGGGACCGGCGAGGCCCGGCCGGGCUUGGGCGGUACUGCCAGGCCUUGAGGGCUUUAAUGGCACUAGAAAUGCAGUAAAGCGGUGGAUGAGGCUCCGAAUUAAGUCUCAGCAUUUGGAAGCUUUAGACAGGAGUGUCACUGUAUUAAACGUUCGAGGUCGUGGCUUUCCAAAGGACCCGGGUAUUUGAGGGCUGUAGAGCAGUAAAAUGUUUGCCAAAUUGAAGAAGAAGAUCGCCGAGGAGGCAGCGGUUGCCCCGAGGCCCGGAGGAGCCUCCCGCAUCCCCAGGUCUGUCAGCAAGGAAUCGAUCACGUCUGUGGGAGCAGACUCCGGAGACGACUUCGCUUCUGAUGGAAGCAGUUCCAGAGAGGAUCUUUCAUCCCAGUUGUUCAGAAGAAAUGAACAAAUAAGAAAACUGGAGGUGAAGCUGUCUGAUUAUGCUGAUCAGAUCCGAAAUCUGCAGAAGAUAAAAGAGAAGCUUGAAAAUGCAUUAGAAAAGCAUCAGGAUUCCUCCAUGAGGAAGCUUCAGGAGCAGAAUGAAGCUCAUCAGGCCAGUCGAGCCAAGAUGGCUGAAGGAAUGGCUUUGGCCUUGGACAAAAAGGACAAGGAGUGGAUGGAAAAGCUUGGGCAAGUUGAAAAGGAAAAAAAAAUGCUUCAAGCACAGUUACAAGAAAUGAGGGAGCAGAGUUUGAACCUUUUCCAAAAACGAGAUGAAAUCGAUGAACUGGAGGGCUUUCAGCAGCAGGAAAUUGCCAAAGUUAAACACAUGCUUUUGAAGAAGGAAGAGUGUCUGAGCAGAGCGGAGCAGGAGCUGGGCCACGCCAGGGCCGAGGCCUCGGGCCUCCGGAGCGACCUGCAGCGCCUGCAGCAGCAGCUGGUGGAGCUGGAGGCUCACAGAGAUGAACUAAUGACAGCUGAGACAAAUGCAGAAAAUAAGAUCACUGCUCUGGAGUUAAGAGAACAGGAGCUACAAACUGUCAUUCAGCAGCUUUCUGUAGACUUGCAAAAUGCUCGAGUGACUGGUUCUGGUUGUGAGAAGAGACUGGAAAUGUUACAAGUGGAGCAUGAAUCUCUGAAGGUGGAAUAUGAGCAACAGAAGCAAAAGAUGACUUCUGAAUUUGCUGAGAGAGAUAAACUUACUGAACAGCUACAGGAAAAGGUGUCUUCCCUGGAAAACAAGCUAGAAAGAAAUCUCUCAGGAGAUGAACACAUGCAGGAGCUGCUCAAAGAGAAAGCUGCUCUUGAGCAGAGGCUGGAGGAGAGCAGGCAGCAGGCUCUGGCAGACAGGACACGGCACGGCGAGGCCGUGAGCCGCCUGGAAACUCAGAAUAAAGAACUGGAAGAGAAGCUACAGAUUGCAUCAGAAACGUUGAAAAAGAGCAAAGAAGCAGCUGCUGACCAGGAUCUGAAGAUCCAAAAGCUGCAAACUGAUCUAGAGGAGGAAAAAAAUCAACUGCAGCAACAGAUUUUAAGUGAGAAACAUCAGUAUGAUCAGAAAGUUACUGGGCUGGAGUAUCAGAUUGCUGCUCUCGAAAAAGCUUUGGAAUUGGAUAAAACAACAACUCAGCACAGGAUUAGCCAAUUGGAAAAGGAAAAUGAAAACCUCAAGAGAAGCAAAGAAGGGUGUGAAAGUUCUUUAAAACAACAAGAGUCUGAACUGAGCAGGCUAAAGAGUGAGAUGAGCAGCAGAGAAACUGUCAGUGUGGAAAUUGCCAAAGCAUUGGAAGAAACACGGAAACAGAGAGAGGAAUUACAACAGCAGGUCUCACAACUGAAUGCCCUAAUAAAGGAGAAAGACCAGCUGAUUGAUGAAAAAUGUGAUCUGCUGCUAAAACAGAAGGAAGAACUGAACCAACUCAGUCAAGACCACGAAGCUGCCUUGCUGCAGGUGCAUCAGUUACAGCUGGACAUAGAAGCAAGUCAGAGCCAAGCAGUGGAGAAAGAGGAAACAGUAAGAAAAGAAAUUGAUGAUCUGAAGCUGCAGGUACAGGAGUGCCUGUUGGCCAGAGAGCAUGAAAAAAAUGUUUUGGAACUGGAGGAGUCGACAAGGGCCUUGAACAAUGAGCAUUUCCCUUCUCCAGAAAACUAUGUGGUGGAACAGAACGGGGAGGUGGCAGCUGCAGAUGUCAUUCAGCUUCAGAAGGAUAACAGAGAGCUGGAACAGCAAAUUGCUGAGAAAAACAAGAUGAUAAAGCAGCUUCAGCAAAGAAUGGCAGAACUCAAGAAAACUCUCCAGAAAGAGCUGAAAAUAAGGCCUGACAGUGAGGUACCUGAGCUGCGUGCAAAUUCUGAAGUGCCUAAUGCUUCUGUGACUGUCACCAACAACUCUGACUUGAACGACUCAAGGGAGAUAAACUUCGAGUACCUUAAACAUGUUGUGCUAAAGUUCAUGUCCUGCAGGGAGUCUGAGGCAUUCCAUCUCAUUAAAGCUGUGUCUGUGUUACUGAAUUUUUCACAAGAGGAGGAAAACAUGCUGAAAGAAACUCUGGAGUACAAGAUGUCCUGGUUUGGGUCAAAGCCAUCUCCCAAAGGCAGCAUCCGCCCGUCUAUCUCCAGCCCAAGGACUCUGUGGCCUUAAGGGAACCUGAAGGUGGCAGGCAGUAUCCAGGCACUUCUUUCUGUGAAAAGAAUGCUGAACACACUGCUCCAGGUGUGUCUUAAUCACUGUCAUUGCAGUAUUUUGUACAAGAACUUCUGGCUCUGUUUACAAAUUAAUGCUGUGCAAGGGGACGCUUUCACCACAGACUGAGCAGCCUGGGCUGGAGGCAGGGACCCCUGGGUGUCUGUGAUGGGAGCAGCUCCUUGUGCUCAGCACUCCCGGGUUCCUGAGGGCCUCGCUGACAGCAGGGCUGCCAGUCCAGUCUCUUGGGAUGGUGAUUCCAGCUGCUGUUCCAGGGUGCUGGAGCCCAGUGACUCUGGGCACAGAAAAGCUGCUUGUCUGGCUGUGGGAAGCCAGCAAUGAAAAAUGUGCUGGCAGAACAGUGUUGAGAGUAGGAUGGUUUGCAAAGCCUUUCACAGGACAGGAGCAGGAGCUUUAACCAAAAAAGAACUCUGCCUUGCCUUCUAAUACUGACAUAACUAAUGGUUGGCGUUUUUUCAUAUCACUGUGUAAUUUAAGGUGCAUUUAUCCUGGCCUGCAGUCCUCAAGGCUGCAUGUUGAUUAUUUAAUUUGAGAGCACAACUUUAGAGUUGUCUGAUUUUACUUUUCUUAAAGAAAAAUAAUAUUUAAAAUGGUCUUAAUUAUAGUACCUAAUCCUCAGUCGCCUUUAAAACUAAUUCAUUAGCCUGUUCCAUGGGUUGUUAGCAGUGGGAAAAGGGGUAGGAAACCAUUUUAAAUUUUUAAAGCUGAGUUCCAGGUAUUGUAAAUCCACACUGAAAAAUACCUUUUAUUUAAAAAAUAAAAAUCUAGUGAUAAAGGGUGAAGAAUGCUGGUACUAAACACUUUGAUUCAUUUUUUUUCUUCCAAGUCUGUUAGCAACAAAUCCUCAUAACCAGGAUCUGCCUCUUUGGUUGUGGUUUUCUAUACUUCAAAUAUUGAUGCUUAAAAACUGUUAUGAGUAUGUUAAUAACUGUGUCCUGACUAUUAUGGUAAAAGAAAUUCUGUUCAUGAGGGGUUUGGAGGCAAAAUUCAACUCUUUGUGAACAAGUCGUGGUUCCAGCAGAUGUUUUCCUAAUACAAAAAAGGGGACCAAGGUGGUGCUUCCUCACUGGAAGCACAAUUAUUAACAGUUAUUAACAUCACUGCAAAAUCUGGAUCCAAAUGGGAAGCAGCACUAAGUCUGACUUCUGAAAACUGAGACCUAUCUCCAAAAAUCUACACUGUGGAAUUCAGUGAGCAUGCUGCAGUUGUGGGAAAUCUCUUGCAAGGAACUUCAUGAUUCUGUUAAAUAUAUUCAGGAUAAUGCAAGCUUUCUGCAGUGGAGGUCCAGCAGGAGACGAUGUGCUGAUCCAGAGUUCCCAGAGCCUGCUGGACUCCAGGAGCUGUCACUGGCACAGGCCAUGCUCCUCAGAGCCAGCCUCCAUUUGUCUGAAGUUAAGAAAACCAACAUCAUCUUUUGGAACACUAAAACUUGUCCAAACAGUCUUUAGUAACCAGAUUCAUGACACUUCCAGACAGGACAGAGCAUGGAAGGGUUCACCCCUGCUCUACUGUGAAAUUAGACAAUCAAAAAAUACAUUUAUUUCAAUUGUUUCUCUACUGAGGUACAGCGGGGUGGAAUAACCCUGUUGGUUCUGGGAAGAUUUUAUUCUCUGAGAUCUUUUCCUUUAUAAUUUCCCUUUGCCCUUCCCCUUUUCUGUGGGACCAGGGGUCAGGACUCCCUCAUUCCCACUGCUCCCUGCUGAAUGAUUAUUGGGUUUAUGCUGGUUCUGGCUUCAAAGGUUACUGCUAAACAAUAAGGAAAGCAGGACAGGCAGCCUGGAACGGAGUGACAAAGUAAAAUCUUAGGUUAAAUAUUCACUAACAACUUCAGUUCCAGACCCCAAAUCCUCAUACAGGAUCAACUUACCAUAAACUAGUUCUUAAGUGUUGAAUUUUUGUUAGGUAUCAGAGCAAGACUGGUGUGUAUACAUGUAUUAAAAAGCUAAUGCACUUUCCCUUGUCUCAGAACAGUGGUUAUACAUAAUUCUUUCUAUCACCAUUGGAUUUCUUUCCUUCUAUGCUGUAAAUAUGGAUUGUAUGAUGAAACACUAUGAAAUUUGUGGUGCAAUACAUUUUGGAUCAAACCCCUAA